AUGGAAGUGCCACACGACGACCACGAUGACGGAUUCAAGCGCAAGAUCAUGCUGCUCUCGACGGUAGGCGGGUACACCCAUGCAGCCCCCAUCCUCCAACUCGGCGCCGUGCUCGCCGCGCGCGGCCACACCAUCACCUUCGCCACCAACGCAGGCCAAGAGCACUGGGCGCGCUCCUACCCCUUCAUCAGCGCCGUCCACACGCUGGGGCCCGCGCUACCAGCCGACGUCGACGACGACAUCUUCGCGCGCAGCUACGCGUGGUCGGCGGCGACGAGCGGCGGGCUGGGCGCCAUCUUCGCGUCGAAGCGCACCAUGGACGCGCACACCUGGGCCGACAGCCACGCGCACCUGCGGCGCCUCUGCGCCUCCUCCUCCCCGCACCGCCCCGACAUGAUCCUCGCCGACUACUUCUCCGACGCCGCGGCGACCGACAUGCUGCGCGAGCACGGCGUCGCCGUCGCGGUCCUGUGGCCGCAGUUCCCCUUCGCCGCGCCCAGCGCGAAGCCCGCGUACGUGCCCGGCGUCCCCGGCUUCCAGCCCGUCCCCGCGACGACGUCGGAGGGGCUGUCGGUGUGGCAGCGCCUGCGCAACGAGGUCGUCCUGCUGCGCGCGCUGCCCCACGUGCGCGCCCAGGAGCGCUGGACGCGCCAGAUGCGUCGGCGUGCCGGCGCAGCGCGCGACCGCCCGAUGGGGUACGAAAGGCUGCGGUUUUUGGUCCUGGUCAAUUCCUUCUUCGGGCUCGAGACGCCGCGGCCGCUGCCGCCGCUGAUGGCGGCCGUGGGGCCGGUGCUGGCGGAUUCGUGGGCGCCGCUGGAGAGCGGGUUCGAGCGGUGGUUGGAGGGGAGGAGGCGCGUCGUGUAUGUGAGUUUGGGGACGCACGUGGUGCUGCCUGAGGACAAGGGGGUGGAGUUGAUGAAGGGGUUGGUGGAGGUGUUGAGGCGGGGAGGCGUGGAUGGUGUCGUUUGGGCGCUGCCCGAGGUGACGAGGAAGCGGUUCGAUCGCGGCAAGCGCGUCGCCGUGGCUGGGAACGGCGCGGAAGAGAUGGAGACGGAGGUUGUGGUUGGGGACGUGUUGGAUGGCAAGCUUGAUGGUUUUAUGGUGAUGCCGUUUGCGCCACAGCGCGCGGUGCUGGACCACCCGCACGUUACGCUCUUCCUCACGCACGCCGGCGGGUCGUCGGCGAACGAGGCCACAUAUCACGGCGUGCGUGUGCUGUGCUUACCUGUUUGGUUUGAUCAACUGGCAAACGCCGUGCGCCUUGUCGAUGCGGGCGUCGGGCUGAAGCUGGACAAGUUUGCGUUCCACUCUGGCGAGGUGGUGGAGAAGAUUGAGACGGUGGUGCGCGACGAAGACGGAAUGUUCGCAAAGAACGUUCAGCGGCUGAAAAGGAUUGCAAGAAUAGCGGCGAAAGGAAAACAUAGAGCAGCGGAUCUCAUCGAAGAGGUGCUGGCGGAUUGGGAGGGUGGCGCAGGAAAAGGGGAGAGACCAAUGCAUUUGCAAACGGCCGACUGUCGGAUGUCGACUUGGAAGGCGAGGAAUUGGGACCUUUGGGCCGUCGUCAUGGGCAUCACCGCAGUCAGUGGAGGGCUGACUUGGUGGGGAGUGAGGGCGAUCUGGUUGAAGAGAAACUUCGUUGGUGGCCUGGUUGGGAAGGCCUGGGCUGGCCUGAGAAGUCUUGCGCGGCAGAGCUGA